ACAGCUCAGACUCAGCCAGGCCAGGGUCAGGAGCGCCCACGAGGGUGGCGGGGACCCCCAGGGUGUGCAUCCUUAGGCAGCUGGAAUCCGAGGUCGAGCCGGGCACUACGGUACGGGUUGCACCGCACCGGGGUCAAGCCUUAGGAGGCUCCCUGGCUGGCUGCCUUCUUUGACCCUAAGGCAGCCUGGGGCCCGGGCGGGCAUCUGGGAUGUCAAUCAGCGCAUGGGCGAUUCUCGGUCUCUUUGUCUCUCAAAUAAAAUAAAACAAAAAUCCAGGUCAAUAAUGAAAGAAAAAAAAAAUCCAGCGGACCUGGAGUCUCUGUUACUUAUGGUGGCGUCACACUGACGUGUCUGUCACCCAAAGCCCCAAGUCCACGGAGGGACCACCGACCCAGCGGAUCCAGCCCGGCGCGGCCCGGGCGCCCCUUGGCGUGGGGACCCUGAGUCCGCGACGCCCUGCUCACACUCGCGUCCCCGCAUUCAGACCAGGAGCCGCAGGCAGACUCCAGCCGUCCAACCCUGGGUGCCCACCAAGUUCUGCCUCCAACGCAAAACAUCCCUGAGCGGAGACCCACACCCCGCCCGGCGAACGCCAACUUGGGCUCUGUGACGCGUGUUCCCGCCCGGCUGUCACUCAGGCAACGGGGGCGGGCCCGCCGGCACUGUCCAAUCAGAGGCGCCGCUGCCCAGGUGGGCGGGGACGACGCGGCGCCAACGGCGAGGACGCGGCGAGUUGGGGGCCGCUCUCCGCCUCGGGUCUCCGCGCCGCGCGAGGGCCUUGGGAGGCGCUGGGACCCCCGCACAGGCCGCGGGCACCCCGGAAGCCGGGAAAUGGACUCGGUGGCCUUUGAGGAUGUGGCUGUGAACUUCACUCAGGAGGAGUGGGCUUUGCUGGAUCCUCUGCAGAAGAAACUCUACAGAGAUGUGAUGCAGGAAACCUUCAGGAACCUGGCCUCUAUAGGGAAAAAAUGGGAAGAUUCAAACACAGAAGAUCAGUACAAAAGCCAGGGGAGAAAUCUAAGAAGUCACAUUAUAGAGAGACUCUGUGAAAAGAAAGAAAGUAGUCCAUCUGGAGAACCCUAUAGUCGGACUCCAAAUCGGAAAUUGAACAAGAAGACUCUCACGGGAGUAAAACCAUAUGAAUGCACCAUGUGUGGGAAAGUCUAUAUGUGUCAUUCAUCUCUUAACAGACACAUGAAAUCCCAUACUGAACACAAACCAUAUGGGUAUAACAAAUACGGAGAGAAGUCCUACGAAUGCAAGGAGUGUGGGAAAACAUUCAGCUUUCGAAGUUCAUUUCGAAUCCACGAAAGGACUCACACGGGAGAGAAACCCUAUCAGUGUAAACAGUGCGGGAAAGCCUUCAGUUGGCCCAGUUCCUUUCAGAUACACGAAAGAACUCACACCGGAGAGAAACCCUACGAGUGCAAGGAGUGUGGGAAAGCCUUCAUUUACCACACUACCUUCCGAGGACACAUGAGAAUGCACACGGGGGAGAAACCGUAUAAGUGUAAAGAAUGCGGGAAAACUUUCAGUCACCCCAGUUCAUUUCGAAACCACGAAAGGACACACAGUGGAGAGAAGCCCUACGAGUGUAAAGAAUGCGGAAAAGCUUUUCGCUAUUACCAGACUUUUCAAAUCCACGAAAGGACUCACACCGGAGAGAAGCCCUAUCAGUGCAAACAGUGUGGGAAAGCUCUCAGCUGCCCCACGUCCUUUCGAAGUCAUGAAAGGAUUCACACUGGAGAAAAACCCUAUAAGUGUAGGAAGUGCGGGAAAGCCUUCAGUUUCCCCAGUUCAUUUCGGAAACAUGAAAGAAUUCACACCGGAGAGAAACCCUAUGACUGUAAGGAGUGUGGGAAGGCAUUCAUUUCGCUGCCGAGCUUUCGGAGACACAUGAUCAUGCACACUGGAAAUGGACCCUACAAAUGCAAGGAAUGUGGGAAAGCCUUCGACUGUCCCAGUUCAUUUCAGAUCCAUGAAAGGACUCACACGGGGGAGAAGCCCUACGAGUGCAAGCAGUGCGGGAAAGCCUUCAGCUGCUCCAGUUCCUUUCGAAUGCAUGAAAGGACUCACACGGGGGAGAAGCCUCACGAGUGCAAACAGUGCGGCAAGGCCUUCAGCUGUUCCAGUUCCGUGCGAAUCCACGAAAGGACCCACACCGGGGAGAAGCCCUAUCAGUGUAAACAGUGCGGCAAGGCCUUCAGUUGUUCCAGUUCCUUUCGAAUGCACGAGAGAAUUCACACUGGAGAAAAGCCAUAUGAAUGCAAGCAGUGUGGUAAAUCCUUCAGUUUUUCCAGUUCAUUCCGUAUGCAUGAAAGGACUCAUACGGGAGAGAAGCCCUACGAGUGUAAGCAGUGCGGGAAGGCCUUCAGCUGCUCCAGUUCCUUUCGAAUGCACGAAAGGACUCACACGGGAGAGAAGCCAUAUGAGUGCAAACAGUGCGGCAAGGCCUUCAGCUGCUCCAGUUCCAUCCGCAUCCACGAAAGGACCCACACAGGGGAGAAGCCCUACGAGUGCAAGCAGUGCGGGAAAGCGUUCAGCUGCUCCAGUUCUGUUCGAAUGCACGAAAGGACUCACUUGGGGCAGAAGCCCUACGAGUGCAAACAGUGCCACAAAGCCUUCAGCUGCUCCCGCUCCUUCCGCAUCCACGAAAGAACUCACACCGGAGAAAAACCCUAUGAGUGUCAGCUGUGUGGAAAGGCCUUCAAGUGUUCCCGAUCCUUUAGAGUCCAUGAAAGAACUCACACUGCAGAGUAACUCUCCCAGCGUCAGCAGUGUGCUCCUGCCUUCUGUUGCCCCAGCCUACUGGGAAGCCAUAAACUCACACCGGAGUGCAACUUUUUGAAUGUCAGCAAUGUGUUGGAGUCUCCCGUUAGCCCAAAUUUGUUUCACCAGAUAGGAACAAAAGGAAAAAUCACAACGUUUUCAAUCUUAACAAAUACUCUUGUGCUACUUCCUCUCAGGUGAAACUUCAAACUCAUGUGGAAACUCCCACUAGAGAGAGAUCCUGUAAAUGUAGAUUAUGUGGGAAAGCCUGGUGGAAGGUAAUCCAUGCAUAUUCCAUAAAAUGCACAUUAUGACAAAAGGCAUAAGUGGAUUGUUCUUAUGAGUUCAUCCUUUUUAAAGUGUAACUAUAUGGAUUUCUGUUUACUACAUUUGCAGAUGAGCAAUGAGGUGAGAAGUUCUGCAGCCCUCAUUAAGCAGUGGUACACAGUUUUAAUAGGUAGUUUGAGUUUCUGUUGCAUCAGUUUACUAGUGUUUUCUCUUUCCAUUCUAAAGUAUAUUGGAUUUAUGGGUGAAUGGAAGUGUAUUUCCAAUAUGCAAGUAGGUUUAAUUUUUAUGGAGUUUUUAAAUUGCUCUGGAGGGACCACUGAAAGAUAUAACACCCGUAAUUCUUGGGAUUUCCCUAAUGGCUUAUGUGAUAGGUGCUCCAUGUCCUUUGCCCAUUAUGUAUAUUCCAGUUUUCUUUGUGACUUAAAGUAUCUGAUUUUGGGGAGGGCAGAGUUGUAUUCUGUUUUCUGUGCUAAUAAAUAGUUGUCAUAAAUUUGUGAUUAUGCAAAAUUUAUCAUAUGAUAUACUCCAAUUUGACUUGUUUUGAUCUUUUGCUCUUUGCUGUUUGUCAUUCGUUCCAGCUGGGAUUUGGAUAAUAGAGUCUGCAUUCAGAAGAGAUACCUGUAACAGAACAAUAUAAACUAUAAUGGGAAACCACAUUCCUGUAUGUGUUCACAUGGAUGAAUGUUGUGAUCUGUGUUUUCUGCAGUCUCUCUUUGUGGUUACAUGUUAGAAUUCACCAAUAGCCUACUUGCAUGAGAGGAAUAUGGAAGGUAGUAGUUAAGAAGGUGUUAGCCAAGUUUUGUAGCUGCCAUAUAUAAUGUGGCUGAGUACACAAGGGCUUCAGAGAUGGGUGUUUCUACUUCAUUUUCCCAAUACUGCCUGACCAGUGAAGAGUACAGGCAUGUACCAUGUAACAGUUCCAUCAACAACUGAUUACAUUUAUUUACAGUGGUGGUCCUGUGAAAUUUUAAUGGAGCUGAAAAUUUACCAUUGCCUAGUGAUGUCAUCGCAAAGUAUAUUCCUCAAGUGUUUGUACUGAUGCUGGUGUAAAGAAACCUGUGCUGGCAGCCCCUUAAAAAUAUAUACAAUUGUGUACAGUAUAGAAUACUUGGCAAUAAUAAACAUGUAUGUCAUUUGUUUUUGUAUUAUUA